UCAUCACCCUCGCCUUGCCGUGCACCAACGCCCCCAAGCACAGCGCAGCCAUCAUGGGGGACCACGAGUUUGCCACCCUGAAGCACAACGAGCAUCUCCUGCUGGACCAGCCUCUCCUCCGCCUCCCCAACGAGCUCCUCCGCAAAAACUUCCGCUCAGCCCACUUCACCAUCGAAAAGGACACCUCCUCUCUAAAGACAUUACUCAAAGAAUCCGCCACAGCCGCCGUGUCUGGCCGCGCCUCGCAGGCCGAUGUCCUCCGUAACCUUGAUAGCAUGAUUGCUCGCAUGCGCGGCGUCAAACGCAAGCUCACAGCCCACGCUGAAGAAGAGGCACGUCUCCACUCGCAAACAGCAGCUCGUAUAUCGCAUCUCAACGAUCUGUACUCUAUGAGCAGCGUCGACGAUGUCCGCUACGAGGCGUGGAGCAGGCAGCGUCUCGACCGCCUGCUGGCCGACUAUCUCCUGCGCCACGGCUAUAACGAUACCGCUGCACAGCUGGCGGCCGAGAAGAAAAUUGAGAAUUUGGUCGAUGUAGACACAUUUGUGAAUCUUAGCAGGAUUCGCGAGUCUCUGCUUGACGGCACCGUCUCGGACGCCCUCACGUGGUGUGCGGAGAACAAGAAGGAGCUUCGCAAGAUGGAGAGUAAACUGGAAUUCAUGCUCCGUAUGCAGCAGUAUAUCGAGCUUAUCCGCACAGAAUCCGAAGCCAAGCUAAUCGAGGCUCUCGCCCACGCCAAAAAGCACCUCAUCCCGUACUGGAACACAUACCCCGAAGACGUUCGCCAGGCAUGCGGCCUCCUUGCCUUUCCUCCGUCAUCGCCAUCAGCCCCUUAUGCCCACCUCUACGACCAGUCUCGCUGGGGCGACCUUGCCGACCUGUUCACCUCUGCGCAUAACACGCUACUGGCACUUCCCUCUGUCCCUCUGCUACAUGUGGCUCUCUCCUCGGGCCUGUCAGCCCUAAAGACACCAGCAUGUCAUCAUGCCCCAAGUACAAAUGGCAAGCCUGCCGCGGCGCCGUCGACGCUAGGACAUGGAGUAUGCCCCAUCUGCUCCAUCGAGCUCAACGAUCUAGCCCGCAACGUGCCAUAUGCACACCAUACAAAGAGUCAUGUGGAAAGUGACCUCCUCCUCCUGCCCAAUGGCCGCGUCUGCGGCGCUCAGCGCUUAGAAGAGACCUCUCGAAAGAGCGGCCUGCCUCCGGACAAGGUCAAGGAUCCGCACUCGAGCGAUGUCUAUACAAGAGACGAGCUAAUCAAGGUAUACAUCACAUAAAGAGGAUAUUUUGGGAUAGUGCCAGGACAAACAGAGACAGCAUCAGACACAUGUACAUUUUAACUACUAGCGAUUUUCAUUUACAGCGACAGUUUAUUUAGUCCAUCAUUUUCACAGAGUGCACAGCAGCGUAGCUUUUUAUAUAAUACUUUGCAUUGAUAACAAGUUUCCACCAGUCCCCGGUACAAGAGACAUGACAGAGUAAAAGCACAGGCAUAACAACAAGCAAAACUAAGAACCAAAAAAGAACGCAUCGUCCGUACAUGCAUACACGGGGCUUUUCUCCAACCCCCUUUCUCCCCUUCCUUUCCUUUCUCUUGUCUCCUGCUUUGCCAGACCGGUCAAGUAGUGACGAAAACUCCUUAAACAACAAGCCUACAUCCCAAAAAACAAAAAAAGCAAAGCAGAACAAACAAGUCAAAUGCCCAUAGUAUCAAAAAAGACAUAAACAAAGGUACAGCUGUUCCUGUGCCUGGGUAGAGAGCAACAAGACAGACUGUUUUGAUUACAGCGGGUUUUAUAGGGUUAGGUGGAUUGUGAUAUGAGGCGUGUGUGGUAAGUAGUAGUAGUCAAAGAGCAGCUUGCUAGCAGCGCAAGCCCAAUAAGAUAGAAGAAUGCAUCUACCUGUUGUUGCCGCCAAAGGCAAAGCUGCCAAAGACGCCGCCGCCGCCACCAGGCGUCAUAGGGCCGCCCAAGUGGCCUGCGAGGCCGUUGGUGUUGUGGCUCUGCGCGGCCGGACUGGUGACGAGACCGACGGUGCCGGUGUUGGGCGUGCUGGGUGCGUUGCCGCAGUUGCUGUCCUGAGUGCUGUGGCCGAUGAGCGAGGGGAUGAUGGCAUUACCAUCGGGCACGCCGAGGCCCCAGACCUUGCCAAUGUGCUCCUCGGGGAUAUCGGAGUUGUAGAUCUUGUCGCGCAUCUGGAAGAAGACUUUACCGGUAAGCAGCGAGUCGGAGCCAGCUUGGUGGGCCGAGCCGAUGCGCUUGACUUUCAGGGUUUCGGCAAUGUUCUCGAGGCCCGACUUGUGCUCAAACUUGUGCAGGAUGUCGGCGGUGUUGGGGUCCGUGGGGGUGAGGAGGCCCGAGUUGUGCAGCCGGAUGGCGUGCUUCAUGAGAUGCUUGACGUCGUAGGUUGUCGGGAAGUAGAGCUUCAUCUUGUCGUUGAAGUCGACCUCAUCGUUGGGCAGGGGUGAGCAGAUGAGCAGCUUGGUCAGGUAGCCAAAGUCGUAGCCGCCGUGGAACGAGAUCCAUUUGACUUCAGGGAAGCAGACGAGACCCGAUGGGAUAAGGAGCGCGGCAAACUCGUGAGGAUCGAUACCGUCGCGCUCGAGAGCGUUGAAGUCGAUGCCAGCCUGCUGUAGCGACUCAAUCGACUUUUCAUUGUACAUGUCCUCCUUGAGCGAGAACUUGAAGUUGAACUGCCAUGAGUAGGGGAAUGUGCCGGUCAUGGAGCUCUUCUUGACGGCAGGGCCAAACUCGGGGCCGGGGCGCACAGGCGGCGUCUCGCCGUCCUCGUUGAAGAGCGUCAGGCCAAUCUGGAUGACCUUGAGCAUGUCGACGUUGGUGCGGAGGCAUUGGUAGUGAUAAUCACUCUUGCCGCGGAAUGCACCCAUCGGUCUAGAUACAACACCAGGGAAUUCCGUGUCCUGUGAAACACGUUAGCAUAUAGAUCCAUUUCCCAAUACAUAGUGCAAAAACUUACCAUGGCAAUGUAGGGAUAUCUCUCAACCAAGUCUCGUAGCACAGCCAUCUCUUCUUGGAGGUUGUGCUUCCAGACCUCUCUUAUACGACCUCUGUUGCUAUUCGGUUGGCGCAUCAUGGGCUGGUCCAUGAGCAUGCUGUGCUGAAGUUGGCCGUGCUGCGGCUGCUGCAGGCCACCAGGGCCAUGUCCAAAGCCCAUGCGGGAGCCCUGGCUUCCAAAGCCGCCCUCAAAUCCAGGAGCGCCAUUCAGGCCAGCAGCAGCGUUGAAGUUGCUGUUUCCAGCACCGCCAAAGGGGUUAAUCUGGGCACUGGCACCAAGAUACUGGUUACCGCCUAGCGGGCCCUGAGGCUGGCCAUGAGAAGGGAAGCCCGGUUGGUGAAACGGCCCGGUCACGCCGGGGCCACCGAAGCCUCUCAAUUGAGGAGGCAUCGAGGGUCGGUGGUGAUGGGACGGGGUUACGCUUUGGGCCCUAUACUGUGUCGAUAUAUCGGGUGUCCAAUGACGCGGCUGGUGCCUGCGAGUCCAAGGACGAUGUUGGUGGUGGACGAGUGCAGUCGGAGUAUGGGAGAGUGGUGACUGCGGCGCCGAGACGGAAGAAAACGCUGCGCCGUGGCUACGCGCGGGGGAGAAGUCGUGCUGGUAGUGAUAGGUCUGUGGGGAGGAGAAGUAGCGGGCGUCGUGCUGCUGUGGCCUAUUCGGUUUCUAACGAUCGGAAGGGGGAGUAUGCAAGGCGUGACCUGUUCGUUGGUGCAUUUGCAAGAAAGCGUCCAAGGAAGCAAAGACUCGUCAAUGCAAGCGUCGCAAGCUACCGUCCUAGCAAAAAUAUAUACCCCUGCGGAUUGGCGUGCUGGCAACUGCGUCGCAGGCUCGCGUGGUCGGUCGAUGGAGGGAUGGCGUUUUGCGGCGAAGAGGUGGUUAAAGCAGCGCUGCUUUCUCCAGUCAGAAGAAAUUACAGAGUACGACAAUCGCUUAGUCAAAUAGUCGAGGCAGAAAGAAGCCGGCCGGGAGAUGGUGCGAGGUAAGAAAAGAAGAAAAAUGGUGGUGGUGGUUGAAGUAGUAGCUAAAAUGCAAAGGUGGUU